AUGGCAGAUAUGCAUUUAACUUUUGCAUUUUUUAUAAACAAUAAGAAUUUGUAUUUUUGUCAAAAUAAGUUCGAUAUACGGCGAAAAGGACAUACAAUAAGAAAGUAUUCAAACAGAGUGCAAACUAAUCAUCAACCCUUUAAACAUCUCUUUCGGAAUUUAGGCGCAAGUUGUCCUAAGUGUGACAACUUAGGCCGACCAAAAAUCAUUACGCGUAAUCAAGAAGAUAAGAUAAUGGUUCGCGUUGACGAUGAUUCUCAAGAAGUACACGACGUUUAUCUUAGCGAGGUGGACGGUAUACCUGGAGGUCCAAGUGGUGGACAAAAACCAAAAUUGUUUUCUUUUAACGUAGUUUUCGAGCCUGCAGCAACUCAAGAAGAUGUACUUCAAUAUUCUGGUAUGAAGAGACUUAUAGAAAUGGCCCUAGAAGGUUUUAGUCGAAGUCACACAAUUCUAAGUGUUAAUAUAACCUCAGAACAGCCCACUGAAGGUGGUGUAUUUAUUUCUCGAUCUGGAAAAAUUAAUUUCGUUGACUUAGCUGGUAGCGAAAUGACCAAAAAAACCCAAAGCGAGGGUAAAACUUUAGAAGAAGCUAAUAAUAUUAACAAGAGCCUAAUGGUACUAGGGGGUCAGUCUGUUGUGGACAUGACCUAUGAAAGAAGCCCGUCUUCCAGUAUGAGACGACAUAAUACUGAUAUCUCUUUCACUGUUUCUCAAGUGGCGCCUAUAUUAAGUGACGAAGAAGACAAAAUAUUAUUAUCAGAUGGAAAAAAUUACAUUAAUUUAGAUAAUUUGGCGCUACAUGAGGAUGAGAAUAUAGUUUAUGAAGAAUUGCGGUCUUUAACUAUGACAUUCAAAAUUCCUAUUGCUACAGACCAGGUGGAACCUCUAAUAAGUAAGAAUGAAUCUGUAUUUCGUUUUUUGAGUCACGGGCGGAAUUGA